AUGGGUCACCAGCAGCUGUACUGGAGCCACCCGCAAAAAUUUGGCCAGGGUUCUCACUCUUGUCGAGUCUGUUCAAACCGGCAAUAUGGUCUCAAUAUGUUCCGCCAGUGUUUCCGUCAGUACGCAAAGGAUAUAGGUUUCAUUAAGUUGGACUAAAGGAUCUUCAAAGGAUUAUCUAAGACAUCUACCAUGAAAAACCAUGACAGUUCUUUGUACAUAAAAUAAACAUUUUUAAAAACCAAAAAAAAAAAAAAAAAAAAAAA